AUGCAGCCUGUGACUCAGGGCUCCCCAGGGAACCCGGAACUGCCCGCACCUUGGGCCGGUGGAGAUCCUGGAUUAGCCCCAGAGGCCGGCACGCUGGCCUUUGUCAUCUGUGGGGCGGACAUCAGUUCGGGGAAGUGGUGGCCCAAACUUUCCAUCUUCCGAAACGGAAACUCCGUCUCCGUGAAACCCGGACCCCCAGCCUCUCCCCCAGCCCCGGCGCCCACCGUCCACUCUCUGUCUCCGGGAAUCUGGAGACUCCAGGGGCCUCGUGUGAGGGGAUCACAGCUGGGGCCCGGCAAGCGGGGUCUGGAGUUUGGCCUCCGGCCUCCUGAGGACACACCCGGUUCGGGGUCCCCACCGCCCCCAGUGCCGGCCGAAUCUCCCCCUUCCCGCCGCUGUGCUGUUGCCUGGAAACGGCCUGCCCCCCAAAUCCCAGGGGGCUCCAGACGGUGGGCGGGACCUGCUCGGCCCCGGAAGGGCCCCGUACGCGCGCCGGAACAGGCCCCUCCUGGUGGUGACUGCAGCGGACAGAGCGUGGCCACGGUGAUUGGCGGUGGGGCCGGCGGAGCCCGGCGGGACCUUCCUGUGCCUGUCCACGUGGUGGACGCCGUGGGACUUGGGCUCCCUCAAGUCAGCUCAGACGGCUAUCCCCGGGGGGCAGGCAGGCCGAGGACCCCAGCCAGCUGCCGGGCAGCCUGGGGGCCAUCCCGGCAGGGGCCAGGGAGCCCAGCACCACCCGGGCCGGUGGGCACUCCCCUGUCCCGGGACCCGGCUGCCACCAUGGACGGAGGCCAUUUCCUGGCCCAGCUGUCCUGCAGGAUGCCUGCCAGCUCCCAGCCCCGCAUCUAUCUAUGGAAGUCCCACCCUGAACCCGAGCUGAGCUGGGGCACCCCUCCGGGCAGCCCUCUGCAUCCCCCCCGCAGGGAGCAAAGCCCCCCUGGGGAGGGUGGGCCUGUGGGCCCCCUGAGGCUGGCCCUGAGCCAGGCUAGAGUCACCAGUCAAGGAGAGGAAGGUGCUCUCUCCCACAAGUACCGCCAGAUGGGGCCAUGGGCAGGGGACGACUCAGAGACAGAGAACCAGGUGACCCUGGCCCGGGGCUGCCCACUGCCCGCCUGGAGCCGGAAACCCCUGAAGCUCAGCCAGGGUCCCGGGGAGCGCCGAGCAGGGGGCAACGUCCUGUCUCUGGGGGUGCUGCCCCCCCGAGCCCCUCUGCAGAAGGGUGAGCCCCUGGCGGCCCCAGCAGCAUGGGAGUCAGCGGCUUUCCAGCAGCAGCAGCAGCAGCAGCUCGGGGGCCUGGCUGCACAGAGGCGUGCCCGGGGAAGCGCCAGGGGUGUGGGGCACGUCGGGCGGGAGGAUCCCUCCGGGAUGGGACCUGGGGAGCCCUCGGGAAACCAGGCUCCACCCGGCGGCCACGCCCAUCUCUGCCCGUCUCCGGCUGCUGGCCAGCCCCGGGCGAGUGCCCACUGUUUACCUGGGUGA